UCUUCAUGUAAUUUCUAGCAAAAUAACUGCAGUGGUGCAGCCCUGAGUCAGCGGUGGACACCUCCCAGAGUGUGUGGUCCAAGUUUAACAGUGAUGUGUUCACCCCUCCCUCUAUCUCCCCUGUAGAUGCUGAUCCAGCCGAUGCCGCCGCGCGUAAAUGGAAAGCUUUUACGCACCGCGCGUUCACCCCAAAAGCGCUUUAAUCGUGUGGGAAUAUUUGCACUGUCACACGACUUGCGUGGAGCCUAAGUAGACUCUAGACACUGUGGUGUGGGGAUGAGAGGGGUGCGCUAAUUCCUUGCUACAGGAGGCAGAGGGAGGCGCGCGAUCGGACGGUAAACGCGAGAGCGGCUCAACGGCAAUAUACUUCCAUUCAGUGAUGAGGAUCUAUAUGGAGUAAAAUUUAACAGUCUUGGACAUUUUGGGCUUAUCUGGUCGUUUUUAAGUCGACGAUCCUGAUGGAAAACAACUAAAACCAGAGUUUACUUUUACAGAGAAGAAGCGUGCCACGCGCCCGUCGCACUUUCAACCGUCUGUUAUGGCCAUCAACACUGACGCCACUUUUCAGAAGAGCGCCCUGGGGGAGCGCGAGGCAUCCAACCCCACCGAAUUCCAGGACACCGAGAAGUUACUGAGUGCCGGCACUACAGAGCCCACAGGGGAGAGCAACCUCAAAGAAUCAGACUCGUUCUCGCUCAACAUCCGCGGCAGCGUGCGCUCACUGGACGCGGACCAAAAUGGGUACCGAUCACCGCUCAAGUCCGGCUCAGUGGGACAGCUGGCGGCCCCACCCAAGUCCACAUCCCGCCUGAACCUCGGUCCUCCUCCCUCACCGGUGCCUCCCGGGCCUAUUCCCCCCAGCUACUUGUGGCUGGCCGUGCUAUCCUGCUUCUGCCCAGGAGUGCCAUUCAACAUCUGUGCGCUGUGGUACGCCAGUGUGUCCAAGUCGGUGUUGAACACUGGAGACGUCGCGGCCGCGAGGAAGUACGGGCGUCGGUCGAUGCUGCUGAGCUGCCUGGCCAUCCUGCUGGGUGUGGCAGUCAUCAUCUUCACCGUGGUCGGAUUAGGUACUUAG